GUGUCAGUUUGGAGUGAUCAUCUGUUCGCGAUCGUGACGGUGGUUGUCUGAAAUGUUUUACAUUCGCUGCCAAACUCCAAUAAAUGUUCUGUUUGCCACUUUAUCCACCUGUACAUAAUCAUAUGAGGAGCUGGAGUUUGGGACACAUAUGGCUGUGUAUGAUGAGAAUAUCCUGAAAAACCCCUUUUACCAGGCUCUGGAGAAACACAGACCGGACCUGUGCAGCCGGGUGGCAGAGCUCCAUGGCAUUAUCCUGGUACCAUGUUGUGGAAGCUUACCAACGGGCUCUUUUACAGCAGCUCACUUUGACGGAUACGUGCUUCAUCCUUCUGAGCAGGGUUACCAGACCUUAGAUGGAAAGGAAGUGUCUAUAAACAAUAACCGGGUCCACCUGAGUGCAGGGUUGCCCAAUCCCAUCUCUGUCACCAUCCUGUUUGAGGAGACCUUCUACAAUGAGAAAGAGCAGGCCUACAGUAUACUGUGCAUUGCACGGCCCUUCGAAUCUGACCACAGUCCUGAGGAGUUGAGUGCUGUUCCAGCUCCGUACUGUCUGAAAAAUAUCGAGGAUGUCAGGGAGUUUUUGGGCCGCCAUGCUGAAAAACUGGACAAGUUUGUUUCCGCCUUCUGUCUCUCUUUUAAAGAACAGGAGAGGAAAAGCCUACGCCAUCACAUAGACUCUGUGAAUACGCUUUACACCAGAUGUCUUCAGUGUCUGCUGAGAGACUCUCGGCUGAAGCUUCUGGCGAGACAGGAGAUUCAGAUGACUCUACUCAAAGAAGCAGUGGAGAUGUACAUCCAUCAUGGCAUCCAUGAUCUACUCUUUAGUUAUGUGGGCACUCUUGAAGCUAGUCGGGAUGCAGCGUUCAACAAAACAACUCGGUCCUUGCAGGAUCUGCAGCAGAAAGAGCUGGGAGUGAAGUCCGAGUUCAGUAUUAAUAUUCCUCGGGCAAAGCGUGAGCUGAUUCAGCUGAACGUCUGCACGUCUCCACAGCAGAAACUCCUCUGCAUCCGGAAAGUCAUUUUAACCAUCAUGCAGUCGACCAGACGCAGAGAUACAGCGGUGAGCAUCGAGUCCAUGUGUGCCGAUGAUCUCCUGUUGGUCAUUCUGUAUCUGCUCAUCAAAACAGAAAUUCCCAACUGGAUGGCCAAUCUGAGUUAUAUAAAGCACUUCCGCUUUCGAAGCUCUAGCAAGGAUGAGUUGAGUUACUGUCUGACGUCUUUCGAGGCUGCAGUCGAGUAUAUCAGCCUGGGAAACCUCAAACACAACACAGCGGGGUCAGGAAACAGACUGUCCUUCAGGCAGAAGGUGGACCUGCUGUCCCAGAAUGCAACACCCAUUGACCGGCUGUUUGAGCACAUUGUGAGUGGAAACGAACUGGAGGUUCAGCGUUUGCUGAGUGAAAGCGAGAGUGAGGAGGACGGCAGGAAGUUGUGUCAUCCUCUGUGUUCCUGUGACGCCUGUGACCUGCACAUCUCUGGGAGGCUGAAUGACCCGUCAAUAGUCACUCCAUUCUCCCGGGACGACAGAGGAUACACUCCUUUACAUGUUGCUGCUAUUUGUGGUCAGUCUCAGAUGAUUGAUUUGCUGGUGUCGAAGGGAGCAGUGGUAAACGCCACCGAUUACCAUGCGCUCACACCGCUGCACCUCUCCUGCCAGAAGGGCUACCAGGGCGUCACGCUUCUCCUGCUGCAUUAUAAGGCCAACACAGAUGCUCAGGACAACAAUGGAAACACUCCUCUACAUCUGGCCUGCAUGUACGGACAUGAAGACUGUGUGAAGGCGCUGGUGUACUUCGAUCUGCACUGCUGUCGGCUGAACGUUCAGAACGAUAAAGGAGACUCGCCGCUGCACAUCGCCGCCCGCUGGGGGUACGAAGGCAUCAUGGAGGUGCUGCUGGAGAACGGAGCGUCCACACUCAUCCACAAUAAAGCCAAGGAGACGCCACUACACUGCGCGCUCAACUCCAAGAUUCUGUCGUUGUUGGAGCGCACACACAACGACUUCAGUAUAAGGGAAAGUGGAUUCGAGUCUCCGAGCCGCUCUCCUCCUCCGUCAGACGGCAGCAGCAGACGCUCCUCCAUCUCCAGCUCAUCUUCUCUGAGUGUUGAAGCCUCUCCGCUGGAGUCUGACCGCAGUCGGCACAGAGAGGUGGAGAAGCUGUUGAGAGCCGUGGCUGAUGGAGAUGUGGAGAUGGUGCGUUAUCUUCUGGAGUGGCUGGAUGAGGAUCCAGAUGAAGGGGAGUCUGCAGUGCCAGUGAAGACAGAGCUCUGCCAUCCUCUGUGCCAGUGUGCCAACUGCGAACCCACACAUAAGAAAGCGGCUCAUCUUCAUCCGGACGGUGUGGGUGUGAACAGCAGCAGUGUUGACGGCUUCACUCCGCUGCAUGUGGCGGCUCUGCAUGGACACACACCUCUGAUCUCUCUGUUCACACGCCACGGAGCAAACCUCAACGCUCGCAACAACCACAGCGCCACACCACUGCACCUGGCCUGCCAGAACAACCACACACAGGUGGUUUGUGCUCUCCUGGAGUGUAAUGCCAAACUCAAUAAGAAGGAUCAUUAUGGGAACACACCGCUCAUUCAGGCCUGUCUGAAGGGGAAUCUGGAGAUCGCCAGCGUCCUGCUGGAGAGCGGUGCGCUGGUAAAUCUGGCCAAUAACCACGGUAACACGGGUCUGCAUGAGGCUGUGAGAGGAGCAAACGUGCCGCUGGUGGAGCUGCUGCUCCAAAGUGGAGCGUCAGUUCACAUCCGCAACAACAGACAGAGAACAGCGCUGGACUGCGCACACGAGGCCGCUGCAAAGAACUCUGAGAUUUUGAGACUCCUUCAGAAAGCGCACGAUGAAGCCCAGACGCAGAGGGCCAGAGCACCAGAGGGCAUUGUGGCAAGAGUUAAACAGAGUCCUAACAAUGGUGGACAGGACUUCGAGCACCUCAAACACAGGAGUCUGAAGAGAACAGACAGAGUAGCAUCUACGACAGCAGCAGCACAACAGUCUGUAGGGAGCGACAGACGGAGACUGACCCGAGGAGAAACAAUGGACAUCAGUGAUCCACAGCCUCCGAGCAGACCCCUGACCCGCAGCCACACCAUCAGCCAAGACCUGAGUUCCAGCGUUCAGCCUGAAGAGCAGAUCAACGGUGGAAAACUGGAGGAUGAAGAUGAUCAGUCCAGAGCUGAAGCAGAUCCUGCAGACACUGAGAUGGACAGCGUGGUGUUGUGAAGAGAAAGAAACCCACCAUCACCUGAGCUGAAUACGCAAGAACAAUGACUCCUACUGAUUCUUAUGAGGCGAGUGUUUUAGAGGUUUUAAGGAUCUGUGUGUUGUGAAGAUGAUGUUGCUUGCUUGAUUUCACUUCAAAACGAUGACCGUAACUCAUUAAGCGUACGUAAUAUGCAGGUUAUAUGACAGAAACAGCAUGCAGAGGAGUUUUGAAGAGACUGUCUUCACUUUUAACACACGGGAUAAAGGGAGACGUUCAGAAUCUACACAGAUGAAUGGGAUUUCUGAUCAUUUACUGGCACAUUUAGAUGGAUUUUUCUAUCAGAAUGUCACUUUAUAAAAGGGAUUGUUCAGGUGAGGAUGUAGCAGGGGGGGUUUGCUUUCCUUACAGAACACAAGUGUUCAUUUGUACCGAAUAUAGAUCUUUCUUUUAAUAGCAUCUAACUGUUUUCUAUCCUGUUUUAAUUAAUUCUGUAGUUAUUAAUUCAUUUCUGACAGCUCCUUCUGCUGUCGCAUCACUUUAAAUUGUCACUUUAUUGUUCAUGUCUCGGGGUGAAAUGCUGCGCUGUUUUGCAGUGAAUGUGCCGGGGGUCUGCGGGGGGCUGUGUUACAGACAGCUCUGUUUCAAUCACGCACUUUAUUCCAGGAGUCUGUGUAAGUUUGCUUUUAGAGUUGAGCUCUAAACUGAUUAAAGCUGAACAACAAGUCUGA